AUGAUCAAUCCCGACGAAAGAGUCUUCUCAGAAGGCCAAGGCUAUUUUGGCCUAAGGGAAAACCUCGCAACCGAAACCCACUGUAACGUCUGGGAUUGGGAUCAGCUGCGAUGGAUCAAAGUCAAAGGAACUGCUAAGAUAUUUCCACCUGGAGAAGAUGUUGAAACCUCAGUUCUUGCGCAACUUGCCGAUUAUCUUUCGCCAGAGGUUCGUGCAAUCACAGUAAACGAUGACGGGCUUCUCACUGGAGUCUCAACAGACCCGGAAGAAGAUGAUACAUUCUUUAUUGGAUAUCUCCCCUUAUCAAUCUGUCCAUCACUCGCAGAUUGCCCUACCGUAUAUUUCUCUCAACUUCAAGAGCUCGAUCGGCUUGGACCAGGUGUCGAUCUCUCAUCGUAUGAUGGUCAGAGGGUCGCAUUCAAAUUCAACCCUUUAGGCAUGCCUCUAAGACUACAGAUGUCCUGGAAGGAGAUGAACAUGCUCAGCAAGCUGCCACCACAUCCUAAUAUAAUACCGUUUGACCGCAUUGUUCUCGAGGACGUGGAGUCUCGAGUGAUCGGAUUCACAACAAAGUACAUCCCAGGUGGAACGCUAGCUGAUGCCGAUCCGAAAAGGCCUUUCCGUUUUGAAUGGCUACAACAGCUUACUCAACUAGUGGAUUUCCUGAACCUAGAAUUAGGGAUCACACAUCAAGAUAUUGCACCACGGAAUUUGCUUGUCGACCCUGAAACAGACAAGAUUAUCCUCUUCGAUUUUGAUUGGGCCGCGAAUGGGAAUGACGGUCUAAUAAAUGGUCGAGACGAUGUGUCUGGUGUUGUCUUCACGUUAUAUGAGAUCGUCACUAACGAUACCCAUUUUACGAGCAUUCCUCACUGGGAACGAAACAAAGACAUGGUGCAGACUAUUGAAUGGACUUGUCAUCUCGAACUAGACUCUGACAUGUCAAAGUUCCGCGAGUUUCUGAAUGAAUGGGUAGCAGCGAGAACCGAUAGAGCGACAGAACAAUAUUCCAAUGCACCCAAGCGGCUUACAUGGCUGGAUCUUCCAACCCCCCCCAGACUACGAUGUGCCCUUUGA